UAUGAAUUUGCAAAACCUUCUAUAAUAAUUUGGAGCAGCUCAUGGAAAUGCAGCACCAGAAACCUCUUUACCAGAUACUGCAGAAUAAGUUACAAUAAGUGCUCUAGCAUUGAUUAAAAUGCUUAAAGUAAUUGCAUCAAAUUAUUUGAUAGCAUGCUAGAGCAGGCAUUCCUUUUGAAGUCAUGGGUCUACUAUUAGGUGAUAUAGUAGAUGACUAUCAUAUCAGAGUCUAUGAUGUAUUUUCAAUGCCCUAAACUGCCAGCAGUGUUUCUGUAGAAUCUGUAGAUCCUAUUUUUUAAUAAAAAAUGGUUGAAUUACUUAAUUUAACUGGUAGAAUGGAAAAUUGUAUAGGAUGGUAUCAUUCACAUCCAUCAUAUGGUUGUUGGCUAUCAAGUGGUACAUAUUCAUAUACUAUUAUUUGCAAGUCGAUAUCAAUACAUAAUAAUCAUAUGAAUAGUUAAAUAAGAAAUCUAUAGCUGUAGUUAUUGAUCCAAUUUAAUCAGUUAGAGGCAAAGUCGUUAUUGAUGCAUUUAGAUUGAUUCCUUAAUCAAGUAUGAUUACUCAAUAAGAACCACGAUAAACCACAUCAAAUUGUGGUCAUCUUCAAAAACCUGGACUUGAAGCAUUAUUAAGAGGACUUAAUAGAUACUAUUAUUCAAUUAAUAUUAAAUUUAAAUGCAAUGAUUUGGAAUAGAAGAUGCUUUAAAAUUUAUAUAAAAAUAGUUGGACUGAAGGAUUAAAGUAAUUAAAAUAUAUAUGAUUAGAUGUAAUUCUUCAAUAAUGAAUAGUAAUAGAAAUGAAUAAUGUGUUGAAGAAAUGUCAAAAUUGGCAUUAGAAUAUUAAAAAUUAAUUGGUAUUUAAUUUUGUUAACAUUUUAGAUGAUGAAUCAAAAAAAGGAGAAUAGGAAACUAAAAUUAAGAAUACAGGAAAAAAGGAUCCUAAAAGACAUUUAGGAUUAAAGGUUGAUGAAUUGUUAGAUGAAAAUCUUAAUGCCAUUUUAGGAAGAAUGAUGGCUACUAAAGCAUUUUGA